AUGUCGGCGGUCCCGGCCCGUCGCUCGCCUCACGGUCUCAUGCCCGAGCGGCCCAGCGGCCAGGCGCCGCGGCGGCACAAGCAGAGGAGGCAGCAGCAGAGGAGAAGGCGCUUUGGGCAAGAUCAGUCUGCUGAAGAGGAGCGAAUUGGAUUCGAGAUCUGCGCUGAGUCCGGAACCAAGGAAGCAACUCAGACGCCAGCGGCCCGAGGGGCGGAGCGAGACGGCGGUGUUCGGAACGCUACCAGGAGGGCGACGCGGCGGCGGCGGCAGCAGCCAUGGGCGCUGCGCCUCCGGGGGCGCGUAGGGGGCUCGAGAAACGGCCGGGCGGGGCUGAAGAGACAGUCGCGGGGACUGGCCUUUAACGGCUGUGUGGGCACCUCUGGGUGUGGGGUGACCCCGCCUGGUACGUUUCGGAGGCCGAGGCGCGUCCGCAGGGGCCCACUCACAUCCCCAGGGGCGCACCGCCGGGGCCCGGCGCCGCCUCGGCCAGCCCCGGGGCGCCCCUGGAUGGCUAAGCUGCCCCUUCGCCGGCCGCCCGGGCGCCGCAGCGGCUGA